AUGUUCAUCCUUUUCUUCGUGUUAGUAUUUUCAUGGUACAUAAACUAUGAGUCCAAGUACGAGGACAUGUUUAUUCAUGUGAAGAUUUUGUUAGCCCUAGUGCCACUUAUAUUGUUGCUGGUUGUUCACUGUCUCUCAAGUGGAGGAUCGCUCUCUUUACCUUUGCCGGAGGGGAGGGAAUCAUUGCAUAUAGCCGGUGGGUCUCCGUGGGGUGUUGGACUAUUGCUUGUGUUCCUUUUGUUCAUGAUAGGUUAUCAGUCUUCUUUUCAUGAACGUUGGUUUCCUCUGGCUACCAAAUGA